AUGGUGAAGCUGGGCAGUAACCUGGCUGAGAAGCUGGAUAAAGAACAGUCUAUGGACAAUGGCUUUGAUAACAUCCCCCUCAUCACCCCUCUGGAGGUGAACCAGCUGCAACAGCCAUACUUAGACAAGGUAAUCGUGAAGACCACAACAGAGUAUCAGCUGCAGCAGAAGAAAAAGAAGAAGUUCUACGUGCCGGGAAUCAAGAAGCUGAAUAUAAAACUGUACGACGAGGUAUCAGAGAAGGUCAAGCUCACAGGUUUGAUCCUCAUCACCUUUGGGUUCCUGGCUUGUCUUGUCCUGCUGGUCAUGUACAAGGCUCUGUGGUACGAUCAACUUACCUGCCCAGAGGGCUUCGUUCUCAAGCACAAGCACUGCACCCCAGCAGCAGUCCUGGAGCCCUGGUACUACACAGAGCAGCAGCAGCAGGAGGACCCGGGCGUGCCCCCCCGCUCCAGCAGUCUCUACACCGCCCUGGGUCACCUCAACCAGGACAAGAGGACCGCCGCUGGCGGCAUCAUCCCCGAGCUGCCCCCGUCACCAUGGUUCCCCGUCAUCAACGCCCUGAAGCAAGCCGAGAGGGCCAAAGAGGAGGCAAGUCGUUCGAAGGAGUGA